AUGCAACAGAUGCAGCAGCAGAUGCAACAGAUGCAUCAAACAAUUGCAACACUGCAACUGGCUGCACAGCAGGAACCACCUGUUCCAAUCGGUGAGAGGAACUUACAGCGUAACAUCCCUGAUACGCGCUCUGCUAUCGCUCCACCGCCAUGUCAAUGGGCGGAUUUUGAGAUCAAACCCGGCAUGAUCAAUCUAGUGCAGAGAAAGAUGUUCCAUAGACUGUCAGCUGAGAUACCAGUGGAACACAUCGAAGCUUUCAAAGAAAUUUGCAGCUUCACUUGUGCAAACGGCGUCCCACCCAAUUUCAUCAAAUGCAUGCUCUUUCCAUUCUCUCUAGCGGACAAGGCUUCACGAUUGCUUAAGUCGUUACCUACAGGCUCCCUAACUACUUGGGAGCAGAUUAGAGCAGCUUUCUUGGGUCACUUCUACACGAAAGCAAAAACGGCUGCCUUAAGGAACAAGAUCUCUUCGUUCAAGCAGCUUGCUUACGGACCAUUUAGUGAAGCGUGGGAGCGGUUUAAUGAUACCCUCAGAAAGUGUCCUCAUCACGGAUUUGACGAUAACCAUGUCCUUGGAAUCUUCUACAACGGUGUGGAUUGGGAGUUCCACAAUGCUCUGAAUGCAGCGAGCAAUAGAGACUUCAUGACCCAAACCACUGAAGGAGUUCACGCGCUAAUAGAGAACAUGACAACCAGUUCAUCCAAAAAAAAUGAGGAGACUAACCGCUCUAAGAAGGUGCACAGCAUGGACACUAAAAAGAUUGAUGACCUCACCGCCAAGGUUGAUAAGCUGCUCAAGAACAAUCAGAGCCAGAUCUAUGUAAUGGAAGAAGCCACCAUGGAACCAGGUGCUACUGAUGCUACAACAGAGACCGAGACAUCGGAAGAGAAUCAGCAAGAGGUCAGUUACGUCAACAGUCAUGGUUGGCAGUUCAAGAAUUACUAUCCAAACCCUAAUGUGAGAAAUAACCCGCAUCUGUUCCCAUACAAGACCAAUCCAGACAACCCCAACGACAUACCUCAGGGAAAUCAGUUCCAAAACCCUGGAUAUCAGAAGCCAUACCUUCAGAGUCAGAAUCAGAAUGGAAAGAUGUUCAUCCUAAGCCAAGCUCAGAACCAGUUUCAGAACAUGCAGAACAAUCCGCAAGCUGCUCCAGCAACUACGAGUGGUCCGCCAGAUGAACUGAAGGGAAUGAUGCAACAACUUUUGCAAGGUCAGCAGAUUCAAGGAAAAGCACUGAAACAAGUUUCCAACGAGAUCAACACUCGGAUGGAUAACAUGUUCACGGAAUUAAAUUCCAAAUAUGAUGCUGUAGCAAGCCACAUAAGGAAGCUGGAUGGAACACUCCCUGGAAAAACAUACAAGAAUCCCAAGGACUGUAACGCAGUUGAGUUGAGAAGUGGAAGACAUCUCCCAGAUCCUGUCUCAAAAAAGCUUACUGCUCAAGUGAAGGGAAAACAGGAAGAGGGAGAACAACCUCCACUUGAGGAUGUCCUCGACGACGAACAAGACGCAAAACAGCCAACUGUCAUAGAACCUGUAGCUCUUACGACGCAAGAGCAGCCUGUUCCUACUCGCGUCUACACUCCAAAAGUUCCCUACCCAGUCCCUGCUAAAAAAUCACGCAAGGAUUGCGAAGAGAUGAAGUGCAAGAAGAUGCUAGAGGAGUUGAAUGUCAAACUAUCUCUCAUGGACGCAAUUCAGAUGAUUCCUUCAAUGCGCAGUCUUGUGAAGGGGAUAAUCUCUGGGAAGACCUCUGCAGACAUCGAUAUCAUGAUGGUCUCAAAGGAAUGCAGCGCAGUCUUUCAAAACAGAACAGUCAGGAAACUGGAAGAUCUUGGAAAAUUUGUCUUCUCGGUUCAGAUUGGAAAAACAGUUUUCGCCUGUUCCUUAUGUGAUUUAGGUUCCAGUGUGAAUCUCAUGCCCUACUAA